ACCCAUAUAAAGGCGGGGCCGCGCGCAGGACCCAUAUAAAGGCGGGGCCGCGCGCAGGACCCAUAUAAAGGCGGGGCCGCGCGCAGGACCCAUAUAAAGGCGGGGCCGCGCGCAGGACCCAUAUAAAGGCGAGGGCGCGCACAGGACCGUCUCUUCGCUGCAGCCGCCGGUACGCGCGCUCACCAGACAAUGCAGGCCUCCCGACUUCUGCUCCUCGUCUUGGUGGUGGGGGCUACGUCCGAGCCUUCAGGGUCGGCCGAGGAGCUCUGUGAUCCCUCCGAUGUGGAGCACCGCUACCUCUCUGUGGGGGAGGCGUUGUACUACGUGCCCUUUUUUCAGAGGUCCACUGAAGAAUCCCAGAAACAGAAUCUCACCUGGACCAGGAGGACCAGGGACAAGGAGGAGGACGUCCCCACCGAGGAAAACCAGAGCUUGUACAGCCGCGGCAACGCGUUCUUCCUCUUCAGCGCCGAGCCCAAUGACUCGGGCUCGUACACCGCCACGGGUUACAGUCCAUCCGGGGAGCAGUUCGUCUAUUGUGCGGAAAUUGAGGUCUUGAAAGUCAAUGAUGAGAAGCUCCUCUACGGAAAAAUAGAGAACUCUGAUCAGAACAAAAGAAUCGAGUGUCCAGAACCGAUCAUUUUCACCUGUAAGCAGCUGAGAGGCGACUUCAGCUGGAGGAACGGUUCAAAGUCCAUCACAGACCAACACGGCAGCGAGCUGCGGAUUACUGCAGCCGGCGAAGCGGACGAGGGCGUGUACACGUGCGUCUGUAGCUGGACGCACGGCGGCGUGGAGUACAAGUCGCUGGGCUCCACGAGGCUGCAGCUCGGCGAAGGAACACAGCACCGAGACCCAGAGAUCAUCUUUCCGACCAACAAGCAGCAGUUUGCAGAGAAAGGCGUUGGGAUCAAGCUGAACUGCUCCAUUGCCUGUGGGUCCAACGUGGACCAAAAUGACUGCAGAGCGAACUGGCAUCGGGACGGCGUCCUGCUGUCCCAAGUCCCCGGAUACAUUCAGACCAUAGAAACAGUCCCGGAGGACCGUGCAAGGAACACCAUCUUUAAAGCCGUCCUGACCAUCGACAAAGUGUCCGCUGAGGACUUCAACGUUGUGUUUGUGUGCAAAGGAGCCGGCCGGUUCCAAUCGGUAAACGCCACUUUGACCCUGAAGCGACGAGAGUCUGUGAUCCCGCUGGUGGUCGGGGGGGUGUGCGCGUUGUUCCUCUGCGUCUUUGCCGCCGCGCUGGUCAAGUGGUUCGCCAUCGACAUCGUUCUCUUCUUCAGACCCUGUUUCCAGUUCAGCCGUUGCAACAAAGACGGGAGGAUGUUCGACGCCUACGUGGUUUACCAGACGCAGAGCGAGGACAAGGUCGCCGAGGUCGCGCUCACGCAGUUCAUCGCCCAGAUUCUGCCCUCCGUCCUGGAGGAAAAGUGCGGCUAUCGACUCUUCAUCCACGGGAGGGACGACACCCCGGGGGAAGACCGCCUGGAGCUGGUGGAGGGACGCAUGAAGCAGAGCAGGAGGCUGAUGGUCAUCCUCCCCCCGGGUUCGGGACCGGAGUCGGAGAGCGCCGUCUCUCUCCAGCCCCCCGUGAUAGGAGGGUACGACUGGCAGGUGGGGCUCCACCACGCGCUGCUGCAGAGAGAAAUGAGUGUGAUUCUGGUCCAGCUGGGGGACGUGGGACCGCGAGGAUACUCGCACCUUCCCGCCGGCCUGCAGCACCUGAUUCUUAAAAGCGCCCCCGUCAGGUGGCGUGAGGAGGCGCCGGGCGCCGCCUCCGGGAGCUCCCGCUUCUGGAAGAGGGUGAGGUACCUGAUGCCGGCCACACCCGCAAAACGGUGUCCGCCGUCCGCCGUCAUUGAACCCUGGCGAGCUCCCGCCGGCCUCCCCGGGCUGAUGCGUAAUGGAGCGUGUGCAAAAAGAGAGGCUCCAACUCAAUGUUUCUUCUUCUAAUACAGCCGUUUAUCAGCUACGGAUAAGAAAGGGUAAGAACAUAAUAAUUACUAAAAGACGCAUGUGGGGAUUUGGAGACGUACGGCUAUGGCGGAAAAUCACUGUCAAAAUUCAAGAGCGCAAAUCAGGUUGAUGUGCGUAAAUCAAACAUCAAAAGUCCGUCACGCGACAA